GACAUCCAUCCGACCACGCGCGGGACGAACGAACUACGAAACUACUAAUUAACGUCAAAUUACGAAUGAGAGCAGUUGUUCAGUUUUGAAGGGAUGGCGUCCGUGCGCACGCGCUCCGCAUCCCCCAAAUCCGUCUCGUUCUCCCCCGUCCUCGAGCGGAAGUACAGUGCUGAUCGUGGACCUCUGAACCCCCCCGAGUUGAGUUCGACCGAUUGGAGGAAAUACUUCUCAGACUUCAGCGCAUACUUAGAUGCGCUGCUCGCAGACCUCCAAAACUCCAUCAACCCUGGCGCCCGCGUCGGCAGUCCAGUCGGCCGUACCAGUUCCCCUGGUGGCCGGACCGCGUCCCCUGGUCGAACCAGUUCCCCUGGUGGCAGGGGGGCCUCACCUGGCCGGCUCAGCUCGCCAGGCGGCAGUCUAAGCUCCCCCACAUCGACUGGCUACGGCUCUAUAAAUGGAUCGAGGAAUAUCAGCUCAGAUUACCACAAACCUAGCUCGCCUACGUAUCAAAACACAAGUUCAAUACACGAACGCACAGUGCCCGUGAAGUAUGGCGGCAGUCAAGCGAGCUAUGGUGGCCACACGCCCUCGUACAACACAGGACAGUCCGCCGGGUACGGCCGGACCACCGGCCGGGGUAACUUGACGGAGCUGGAUAUACUGCUGGACGAUUUGGGCAACGCAAGAUAUGGGAAUUACGCUGAUAAGAGCGCUUACAGUGAACGAUCUGUAACAGAUGGCUACGCAAGGACCAAUGGAGCGACUAGUCCUGCGUCCUCGAGGCCGACCGUGGACUCACUCCUCGACCAGCUCAGCACAGACGUGCCUAAUGGCCGUGCAUCAACCUCACCCGUUCCGCCAUCGUCCGGCACGCUGCCCCGGCCCGGCACCAAACAGGUGACGGUCACGGUGCAAGAGACGGUGGUAGAGCCGGCGCUGCAGCCUCCACCGGUGCCGGCGCCGGUUCCGGCGACGACUGUGGCGCGGCACCACCACCACGCGUCCAGCGCUACUAAGGAGCUGGAUGAUCUGAUGGCUUCGCUGUCGGACUUCAAGCCCACGAGCAGGCAGCUCUCCAGCGGCCGCCGUCUCGCUCGCACCCGCGCCUCGCGCCUAGCUAAAGAUAGUCCCGAGCGUUACAUCACAGGCGUGGUGGGGCCGCGAGCUUAUAAUAUUAGAGUACAUAGUCAAACAUUUCACUCGAACCGCAUUCGCUCCAGUCCACCACGACCGGACGGUGUUACCUUCUGUACGUUGCGAUCUCCGAAGCCAAGACUCGACUUAUACAAGUCGGGAGAUUCGCACAUACAGAAAGUGACAUCGAUUGGAUAA